AUGGGGCAAUUGUUGACAACAAAAUGGCUACCAUACAUGGCAGCACUAGCAAUCCAAGGAUUCGCAGCCACAGUCCCGGUGGUAACAGUUGCACCCACUUCGGUCCUUACUGUAACGUCUACUUACUCCGAUACGGUGACCAGCACUAUUACAGGGGUUCUCCCAGUGACGACCGUUGAGACCACAUGUACUCCUGGUAGCGUUGCUCCAGAGUCAUGUAGCAAUUCGAUAUGGUCGGCGGAAGGUUCCUACUGGCAAGAAUGGUGCUCAGAUUCAGCUUUGGAAGGAGCACCAUUUAUGACCAUUCAUGGAGCAACCAGCCCUUACGAAUGCUUCGUGUUUUGUGGCAUCUAUUCGAGCUGCCAAGGUCUCAAUUGGGAUGAUAAUAAUGAGUGUGUGCUGCUCACAGACAUCACGUUCACAGUGGAAGUCACUUCGUCUCAUUGGGCCGCAAUUGAACGUUUUUCAACCAACCCUUGCGUCGUCACUGUAACAGGCGCUUCUACUCAGCUGUCAACCGAGACGAAGGUGAUGGAAUAUACAACAACUUACACAUCGACAAUUACAUUGUCGACGAGUGCUUCUGUCGCUUCCACUAGCACUACAUCCAGUGUUGCCACAUCAACGGCUUCGACAUGCACUGUCUCGACUUUUCCUACCACCACAGACUGCGUCGACGGAUACUACGUAUACAAUGAGGAGUAUUACCAAGUUCUCUGCAGCGACACCGUGCAAAGCUAUUCGGGAACUCUUUCCAACUCCAGACAAGACGACAUCUGGGGCUGCAUCGAGGUCUGCUCUACCUAUUCGAACUGUAUAGGAACGUUCUGGUUUCUGGGGAUCUGUUACUCGGAAAGUGGUACUAUUGACUAUUCCUACGUGCCUUGCGACUUCUAUUGCUGUUACAAUCUCUUCGACAAUCCUAUCCUCGUCGACACUUGCAUCCUCAUCGGCCAUAGUGACAUCAUCAAAACCUAUAGACAAAUCUACGCCAGUCGUGCCAUCUGCAUCAACUGCUUCACCUUCCACUCUUUUAAGCGCCUCUUCAUCUCCUGUGACAUCGAAUUCUCUUACUUCAUCGGUCCCAUUGAUAAUAACGUCCCCGGUCUCAAGCUUCCGGGGCUCUCCUUCGCUCGUGCCCUCUGCUUUAUACUCGACAGUUCCAGUAUCCGUCCCUCCGAGAAGUUCCUCCGUACUUCUACCUUCACAGUCGUCUUCUUCUCCAAUGAUUAG